GCAUUUCAAAAAAAAACCCAAAAAAAAACCCCAAAAAAUUGAAAAAAAAAACCUGAUUCAGAACGGAGCAGAAAAGCGAGAAACAGAGGAGAGAGAGGGAGAGGAGAGAGAGAGAGGGAGAGGGAGAGGGAGGUUGGUGAUGACAAUGGACAGAGAGAAGGAGAGAGAGAUAGAGCUAGAGAGUGCAAUGUACACUAACUGUUUGCUGUUAGGGUUGGAUCCGGCGAUUAUCGGGCUCGGAGGAUCCAAUGCCACUCCUCGGGUCGGGCUCUUCCGCCACUCCAACCCUAAAUUAGGCGAACAGCUCCUCUACUUCAUCCUCUCUUCUCUCAGAGGCCCAAUUCAAUCCGCCAAGGAUUUCGAUAAGGUCUGGCCAAUCUUCGAUUCCGCGCAAUCGCGGGAUUUUCGAAAGGUUGUGCAAGGGAUCAUUAGUGAGCUCGAAUCGCAGGGGGCGCUUCCGAGGAGCAAUUCGAGGGUUUCAUCACUUGCUACGUGUUGCGGACCCAGGUUUGUGGAACUUCUGUGGCAGCUUUCGUUGCAUGGUUUGCGAGAGGUUCAUAGGCGAACAUUUGCAGCUGAUGUAGCUUCUAACCCACUUCCUUCAUCACUGACGGAUGUAGCCUUUUCACACGCAGCUACUUUACUUCCUGUUACUAAGGCUAGAAUAGCGCUUGAACGAAGAAGAUUUCUUAAGAAUGCGGAAACAGCAGUACAGAGACAGGCCAUGUGGUCGAAUUUGGCGCAUGAAAUGACUGCGGAGUUUCGUGGUCUUUGUGCUGAAGAGGCUUAUUUACAGCAAGAACUGGAAAAAUUACAUGACCUUAGGAACAAAGUGAAGUUGGAAGGGGAACACUGGGAUGACCUUGUUUCUAGUUCGAGUCAGAAUUCCCAUUUAGUAUCAAAAGCUACUCGUCUGUGGGAGUCUAUAUUAGCCCGUAAAAGUCAACAUGAAGUUCUUGCUUCAGGCCCUAUUGAGGACUUAAUAGCUCACAGGGAGCAUAGGUACCGCAUCUCUGGAUCGUCUUUGCUUGCAGCUAUGGAUCAGAGUUCUCAGGUUCCUUAUGGAGAUGUCUUAUCUUUCCAGUCAGGUGACUUUACUCCAACACAUGCGGAUGGAAAAGAACAAAAUGAUGGAGCAGAUUCAUCCCAUUCACAAGUAGCAGAUGAAAGAAGUGGAAGAGUCCAUCCAACUGUUGACGUGGCAGAAAUUAUCAGGCGUUGGACGCAUGCUUUACAGCGUAUUCAUAAACAAUCACUUCACAUGGCAAAGGCUAAUGAGGGAGAGGGUCCAGAAAUUUUAAGAAGUGCACAGGAUGGCAGUUCAAGUGGUCAUGCUGAGUCUCUAGCUGCAACUCUUGCUGAACAUCAGCAACACUUGGUUAGCUUUCAGGUUCUCAUUAACCAACUGAAGGAAGUUGCUCCGGCAAUACAAAAGUCAAUAUCAGAAUGUACAGAUAAAGUAGAUAGCAUUUCAUCUAGUCUGCCUCCGAUGACCAAACAACCUGGUCGGUCAACUUCACCUAUUCAAGCACAGAGCAGUGGAAGGACAUUGGAAAGCAACAGUGAUGAUGUGGCUGAGGUGACUUCAAAAUUGUCUACCUUUCAGCUCGAAAAGGUGUCAUCCAGCCCUGCUUUAAAGCUCCCACAGUUGUUUAACUUGACUUCUAAUUCUUCUGGGAAAGGUGCAAAUAUGCAUAAGCGCCCUGCUUCAGUUGCUCAUUCAAACCAAAUAGAGAACUUUCCUGAAAGGAAGUCUGUGGAGCCCUUAUCAAAUAAUCACAUAGAUAAUCUACCACAAGACAGUGACCAUUAUUAUGUCCAGAAUCUAAAGAGAUCUGUUAGAGAAGCUGCUCUGUCACAGAAUUCCUUAAGUUCCCAAUCAUCACGAGGCAGCCAUUCUGAUGAAAGCUCUGAGCAUUUCUUUUUACCUCUUUCAUCAUCUGGGUUUUCUCGUCUAGGCCAAGAGUCUAAAGGGGCUUCAUUAAGGAGUAAAAGGUUUUCAGCUCAGACCGAGGCUUCCUUUCAUGAAAAUCGUGCUCCUGAUGGUAAUGUGGGGAACAAGUACGCCGAAUUAUCUGAAGUGUUGAAUGAUUUAGAUUCACUUGAUGAUUUUGACCAAGUAAAUGGGUUUCUUUCCGCUGCUGGUUCAAACUGUGCUGUUUCGGACACACAGAGAUCAUUUUAUGACUUUGAGGAAGCUCGGGAGCAGGUUUUCUCACCUCCUUUGCUAAUGGACUCAUCACUAUUAGCAGAUUAUGAAGACUUACUUGCACCACUUUCAGAAACUGAAACAGCCUUAAUGGAGCACUGAAACUGAAUUUUGAGCGACCUGAAUUAUCGGUCAAGGAGCUAUUUGGUCACUGCGAUGGUUUUGUUUCCAUUUCCCGGGACACUUUCCACUUUCCCAAAUUAUUGUUGACAACUUGACAUGCCUGUAUCAUUUCUUUGAUGUUCUGUACAUUUCCCCCCUCCAACUCAGCGCAGUUCGUUUGUUUGGAGGAAACCGUGAACCUUCCUAGCAGUGCUGUUGUACAUGCUUGACAAUGGCUCCGAACCGAAAUGAUUGUAUCAUGUUGAAGUUCCACUGCUCCCAACGAGAUGUAAGCUGCAGACAUUUCCUGGGGUGUUUUUGUCCAUGGAUGAUUAGGAAACUACAAUGUAGCAACUUAAUGCACGUGUACUUCUUAGCCCCGUCCUGUGCAGCGAUCGAUCUAUCGAGUUUCAUGCUUCGGUUAACUGACAAGAUUGGUUGUUGGUUCGAUUUUUACAUGUAUCUGAUUAAUCUGACCUAAAUGUAAGUUGCUGAAACGUCACAGAUGUGAGAAGUAGUUGUUGAACCAUAGGGCUUUACUUCCUUUUUUUUAGCUUUAAUAUUCUUUUAGAAGGGUAAUUAUUUCUUUGAAAAUGCUGGAAUUGUGAGUAAAUGUCGUUGUUUAAUCAAGUAAAUGAUGAAAGAUUACACAAAAGUUGGUUUUUCUGUC